UUUGAGAACGAUUAUGACUUUGAGUUCUCUCCAGACUUACCAACAACCCUGAUUCCAUCUAGAAUAUACAAAGACAUACUUUUCUCUACAAUAGGAUUCCAACUGAGUUUCAAGUAUCGUCCUAACGAGGCACUUCUUAUCUACUAUCUACCAGCUUUUAUACUGGUUGUUAUUUCAAAUCUGUCCUUUCUUAUAGCAGUUGAUGGUGCCCCGGCCAGAAUUAGCCUUGUCACUUUGUCACUGCUUGCUCUUGUUAAUCAGUUCAACAGUCUGAAUGGGGUUGCUCCUAAGGGAGGGAAGGGACCUACAGCUGCAGCAAUAUAUCUUCUUACUUGCGUGUUCAGUAACUGCUUUUGUCUAGGUCUUAAUAUUCUAUCAUUCAGAUUCAAGAAGGACAGUUUGAUGUUUAAACGUGUAAACCUGUAUACUGGACUCACUAGUUCACUUAGUUUCUUAUUAUUCAAUAUUAUUUACUGGCCAGUUAUAGCAUCAGCUAUAUAAAUAUACUCAAGGGAUUGUAUUUAUUAUUUAUCACUAUAGCUGUAACUUUAAUUAACCUAAUGAAUAAUAUUGUUCCUGAUAGUAUUUCAAUAUUGUUUCAUGUUUGAUUAUUUCAAAUAAUUUGUUUAUUAUAAAUUCUAGCUUUAAUCUAAUUUAUCAAAAAAAAAAAAUGUGGGGGGGGAGAGGGAUUUGGAUUAUAGGAGCUUUCCAAUUCUUGUAUAUUUUUUACAAAAACUUUGAAAACCUCAGGAAAAGAGUUUGUUUUCUGUUUAACUUAAACCAAAUACAGAUUUAUGUUCGAUGCACAACAACUUUUGGUUGGGUUUCAGUCAAUAAAAGUUUUGAAUUUU